AUUUUAUCCAUGGUGAAGAAGAAGGGCACAGACUCGGGGCGUAGAUUCGCCUUCACCUCCUUCAAGGACCGAGUCGAUGCUAUACAGAUAGAUCCCACCUUACAGCUAGACAGGAAAGCUUUUCACGAGGCAGAAAUAUCCCACUUCCUGUCCACGUUAGAGCACUGGAGGGAAGUGAAUUUAUCCAAAUCGUUCACCGAGCUGGUGGAAGUGCUGGAGCCCCUGUGUUUGAGUUUGCCUCAGCUACUUUAUCACCAAAAGACUAUUUUUGAGAGUCUUAAAAACACCCUUCUGCUUAAUGAUAGACUGUCGCUACAACCAACACUAGAGCUUCUGACCCAAUUUUGCCAUGAUCUGGGAACAGAUUUCAUGCCGUAUUAUUCCGAUACACUGGGAGCGCUGGUUGAGAUUGUUCCACAACAAACAGAGACCGAUCCGCUGGAAUGGAUAUUCAAUGCCCUUGCGUAUUUAUUCAAGUACCUGUCCAAAGAGCUGUCCAAGGACCUUGUUCCCACCUUUAGACUGCUUCAACCGCUUCUGAAUAUAGAGAAACAAGAAUACAUUGCUCGAUUCGCCUCGCAGGCCAUGUCGUUCCUGGUCCGGAAGGCAACGUCCAAAGCUCUCACUUCUUUUGUCAAGACGGUGAUGAAUGAAGAUUUGGAUGUCAACGUUUACCACAAGUCUCUAGUGGUUAUUUUCUCCGAGUCGAUGAAAAAUUCGCAAGGAUCCCUUCAUUCGAAAGGGCCGUCGAUUCUCAGCGUGCUGACAGAGAUUUGUGAGCCGGACGAAGCGAGGACGGCAAUAUUUUCGGACGUUAUACUGGACCUGCUUUCACACGUUUGCGACGCCUCUGCGAUCUAUGAGACGAUUUUGGAAAAUAUGACAUACCGAACCUCGGGCAGCGUGUGGAUUCUCACGACUCUUGCGUUUGCAGAGAGCGGUAAAAAAGUGCCCAAUUGGAGUGCUCUUUUCGACGGUGUCUCGAAGCUUGUCCAGGAUGCAGGGCUUGUUCAGUUGUAUGCCACAUUGAUAAGAAACGCCGACCAGCUGGAGCUAUCCAAACGCUAUGUUUUUCUUUUCACCACCAUGGCAGCAAAAGACUCGCUUUUCCUGCCCUUUGUCGAGACAUCCUUGGAGCUCUCUCCAGAUAGAGCGUUAAGUUUUGGCAAGAACUAUGUCACGAGCUUCAUUUCUCAGAACUGGAGGCAGAGACAUAAGGAAAUAGCCUAUUUUUUGGAUAGAAUGAACAGGACCGGAGUCGCUCUCGAGGUGGUGAUUCCGCACGAAUUUAACGAAUUCAUCAAGUCGGACAUUCAAACUGGUUUAUAUUGGAGACUGCUGAUGCUGCAAUACAGCAAGGCUACAAUUGACGGCGAGACGCUGCUUCAGAAGCUUCCCCAAGCAUCAGCAGAUGAGCAGGGACUGAUUUUCAAGGUUCUCGCAAAAUCGGACAUUCCAGACAUCUCUUCUGCAGUUAUCGAGUGCAUUCCAGCAUCAGCUACCAAUAUUGUAUUUUUGGAAGGACUGCAAGAGGUUAUCAAGAAAAAUCCAACUUCUUUCAGAAAACAGCAGCACACGCUCAUACAACUACUGAAGGACAAUCUGGUGCUGCCAUCACAUUCUGUUCGCGAAGCAACGCUCUCCAUUAUUAUGCUUCUUUUCGAAACCGCGCCCGAAAUAAUUAGCACCUGUCGAUUGAUCGAACAAAUUCCGCUUGAUUUGCAGACAGGUAGGGAAAUCCAGCUUCGUUACAGAUCGUUUGUGCAAACGUUCAUGGAAUCGCCAAAAGACCAGCUGCUGGAGACGGUGGUUGUCAAGUUCCUUUUUGGACAGCUCUCCAAUAAAUUCUCGCCGUCCUGGAGCGGAGUGCUGGAGUUCAUGGAACAGGUCAUCGAUCGCAUCGAGCCACUUGUGUGGGCCGAGAUCGAGACGUUCCUGAAAAAAGAAUAUCCACCGAAAGUAGCCGACACAGAGCAAAUGCAUGGUGUUUCGCAAUGGACUGGUCUCAACCCCAAACUGGUUGGAUACGUGGAGAAGUGCGAGUCGAUUGCAGUCCGCUAUUCUGCCAUUGACAAGAGUCUUGUUCCACCAGCACACGAAAGCACAGAGUUCACGCCAUUUUAUCGCGAACAGUGUAUCAAGGUACUGCACAGACUGCCAAAGCUGGCUGAGCAGCAUUUUGAUGUUCUCUUGCCAUACGUCCUUGAGGACGAAGAGGACAACGUAAAAUGGCCGGUGAAGGACAGAAACUCUAUGGUGGAGGUGAUGGCCAAAUUCCAGAACCUGCGCAGGGUGCCUGGUGCCGACCAGGUGCACAAAUUUUUGCUGCGGCUGCUGGCCAACAGAUCUGUGCAGACGCAGAAACUUGCCUUCAAUGCCUUGGCUAAUUGGAAAAACCCGGUCUACAAUAGGUACAGAGACAACCUGAACAGUUUACUGGACGACAUGCUUUUCAGAGACGAGGUGAUUAAUUUGCUCCAGAACGAAGAAAAAACAGUUAUUCGGGAGCAGGACAAAGAUACCAUUAUGCCGCUGAUAUUACGGAUUUUGUUUGGUCGUGCACAAACCUUGAAGACAAGCGGCACGAAGCAAGGCCGCCGAACAGCUGCCAUCAAGGCUCUGUCGAAUCUGAGCGACCAGCACAUGAAAGAUUUCCUGUCUCUGUCUUUUGAGAAGCUGAAUGAGAUGCGGUCGCAGGAGCUGAGUUUCCGGUUGAUCAGAACGGCCAGCGGUUUUUUGAACAUGGUGUCUGAUCUGCUGUCAUCUAUCGGACGCACCCGCAGCGAGUGUCUGUCGAUUCUGCUUGACCCUCUCGUUUUCUCGCUCAGUGUGUCUGAAAAGGCCAUUGGUUCUGCCGACGAAAUUACCGACAAGGCCGCCAGAAAUAACAGACAGCUCGGUUUCAAAGUGCUCUAUGACGUGACAGACUAUCUGGGCGACUUGUUUGACUGGAAACCGUACGGCCACGACAUUUACUACAAUCUGGUACACCAGAAAAUGGCCAACUUUGCAGACGAGAAUUUGCAGCAGCCGUCGUCGCUGAUGCGGCUGAUGACGGCGCUGUGGCCGCAACCAAACCUGCAAUUUUUCCUCUGCUACGAGGAGAUGGCGCCGGUGAAGGCGCUGAUGGGCGUGCUGAAGCACGAAAAAGCCAAGGAGGCCGUGCAGCAGGCCGUGCUGCAGUUUGUGCUGAAACUGCUCAACAGCAACGACAGCAGCGAGCAGCAUGUCGAGGUGCUGAUUUUGAUCAUCUCUGAGUACCUCAACUCGCUUGUGGCGCUGUUUGCGAACUCCGAGAGCAAAGAGGUCAACGGCCUGUGUGUCAAGAUUCUGCACAACUUGGUGCAGCGCGAUCUGAUCACGGCCAGUGAGAGCAGCAAGUUUUUGGUCGACUCGCUAGUUAUGGUACUGGACAAACCGGCCGCGCAGGUUGAUAUGGCUACUAGAACCGAGAUCGUCAGCGUUCUGGGCCUGGUGGCUAGGAAUCUGUCGUGUUCGGUGACGGAAAUCAUGCCGUUGUACAAAAGCAUGGCUCCGCUGCUGAAAAUUCACGAGGAGCGCGAAAUGCGCAUAGCCAUUUGCCAGGUGUACUUGACGCUUGGGGCCAAGUACAGCGAGCUCGAACGCGUGUCACGCGUCGUGGCCGCGCUCAACUCGUUCUCCGAUAAACGGAUCCGCGAGCCAGACUACGAGCGGCGGCUCGAAUGCUACAGAAAAAUCGACAAAGAGUUGUACGACUCGUUUUCCAGCUCCGAGUGGCUGCCGGUGAUCAACACGGCGCUGUUCCACAUCAACGACGAGACGGACUCUGCGAUGCGCACGUCUGCGUCGAAUACGUUGUGCCGGUUCAUCGACGUUUCCGAGUCGUUUGCAGAGAUUUUCCACGAAGUCGUGCUGCCAGUGGUGCGUCCCGGUUUGCGUCGCAAAAACGGGCUGGUGCGCCAGGAAUAUAUCAACGUGGUGGCGCACGUCGUCGAAAAAACAGCCGAGUUCCCAGACAUGAAAGUGUUGCUGCACGGCGGCGACGAUGAGGCGAACUUUUUCAAGAAUAUAAUGCAUCCACAGGUGCACCGCAGACAGAGGGCGGUCCGACGGCUGGGCGAGAUGGCACAGGAACUGGCGGACUCCUCCAUCGCACACUAUCUACUGCCGAUGAUCGAGCGGUUUGCGUUCUGGGACGACGAAAAGUACAGGAACCUUGCCAACGACACGGUAGCAACCGUUGCCAAGCUCACCGCUUACGUCAGCUGGAACCAGUACAGGGCCAUCUUGAGCAGGUAUGUGGCGACGAUGACGGGCGCGUUACAGAAGGAGAAGCACGAGGAGCUGCGUGACAGUGUCCAGGUGGUGACCGCUGUGGCCAGCUCGAUGCGGGAGCUGCAGCGGCGCAGCGCCAAGGAUUUUCCCGCUCCGGAGAAGCUGGACGACAUUGUGGUGGAGAUGCUGAUCCCGCCGGUGAAGAAGGUGUUGACGAAGAGGGACGAGGAGACUGUGGUGCAGCGUGUUGCUCUUUCGGAGGCGCUGGUGUCGCUGGUGAUGUGCUGUUCGGCGGCCAGGAUCGAGGCAGAGCUGCCGGGCAUUUUGACGAGUAUCUGUCAGAUUCUGCGUGCACGGUCUGAGGAGCUAAGAGACGCGGUGAGAAAGCAUCUGGGCCGCAUAGCGGUUGGUCUUGGGUCGCCGUACCUGAAGUUUAUCAUGCAGGAGUUGAAGACAGCCUUGACUAGGGGCCCGCAGAUCCACAUUCUCAGUUUCACGAUCCACUAUCUUUUGGUGGUGAUGGACGGUGUUUUGUCUCAGGGCGAUCUGGAUGAGUGUGCUGGGUACGUGAUCGACACGGUGAUGAAUGACAUUUUCGGUGCGGCGAGCGAGGAGAAGGAAGCCGAGGGCUACAACAAGAAGAUGAAGGAGAUCAAGCACAACAAGAGCUACGACACGGGCGAGCUGCUGGCUAGCAAGAUGCUUUUGCAGAACUUCUCGCAGAUCCUGGGCCCGAUCAAGAUGCUUUUGCGCGAGAAGUUGGCGUUCCGGACGCAGAAACGGCUGGACGAGCUGCUGCGGCGAGUUUCGAUCGGGUUGCAAAAAAAUAAAGAAGCAAGCUCCACGAAUGCGAUUUUGCUGUGCCACGAGAUCUACGAGCAGUCUCUGGAAAAAGACGAGACGCGGGCUAAGCGUAUCAGCGAGACAGAGGACCAUUUUCUGGUCAAGCUGGAUGCAAAGCCGCUGCGGACUCAGAUGGAGUACUCGUUGUACUCCAAGGUGUUGCAGAAGUUUGCGUUCGACCUGCUACAUGCGGUGAUUUCGAAACACCCGCAGCUGUUCACGGCGGGCAACUUGGCGGGUUUCGUGCCGCUACUGGAGACGAGUCUGUCGUCGGGCGACGAGGGUGUUGUUUUAGCAGCACUCAAGAUGCUGACACAGCUGUCGCGGCUGGACUUUACCGAGGACGUGAACGCGCAAUUCACGGCUUGCGCGCGGGCAACGCUGAAAAUCGUGAAAGACCUGCCUAGCACCAACAGCGACCUGUGCCAGAGCGCGCUCAAGUUUCUGAGCGCGGUGAUCAGAAAUAAGGACGGGCUACAGCUCAAAGACACGGCGCUCAGCUACCUUCUGAAAAAGAUUGAGCCGGACCUGGACGAGCCAAUGCGGCAGGGCGUGGCGUUUGGCUUCGUCAAAGCGCUCAUCGCGAAACACGUGAUGCUGCCCGACAUCUACGACGUGCUCGAGUCCGUGUCGCGGAUCAUGAUCACAAGCACUUCUGGCGAGAUCCGCCAGACCGCCAGAAGUGUCUACUACACAUUCCUCAUGGAGUACGACCAGAGCCGCGGCCGGCUCGAAAAGCAGUUCAAGAUGCUGCUGGGCAAUCUGGAGUAUCCCGCACAGAGCGGCCGCCAGAGCGUCAUGGAGCUGCUGCAUCUGAUCGUGCGCAAGGCUGGCAAGGACCUGCUUGCGGUAGUGUCUGCGUCGUUCUUCAUUGCGCUUGCCAAUGUGUCGGUCACCGACGAGGCGCCGUCAUGUCGCGAAAUGGCGUCGGAGGUGCUGCUGGCGAUGCUAGGUCGCAUGGACGACCUGUCGUUCGUGGAGAAAUGCAUCGCUGCGUGGAUCGACAAUAGGAAGAACGAACUUCUUGUGCGGUGCGGCCUGCACGUGUACAAACUGUACCUGGACGCCGUGGGGCUGGAGAACGCUGUGUUGAACGAGACUGCGCUGGCGAGAAUAAAUCACGUGCUCGCAGCGAGCGCAAAGAGCAACGAGGCGGGCAUGUCGUGGGAGCUCGUGUACUCGUCGCUGGUGGUGUUCGAGGCGCUGUCACAGAAGACUGACGUUUACGACGACAAAUACGGCCCGACAUGGGCCGCUGUGGUGGACUGUCUGCUGUAUCCGCACUCGUGGAUCCGGCUGGCUUCGGCGCGGCUUGUUGGACAGUACGUCCAGAAAUGCGCCACGGUGAGCGACCAGACGCUGCAGACGAUCGCAUACCGGUCGUUCAGACAGCUCAGCGCGCCUGGAGUGGCGCAGAGCCUGGCCACGGAGGUGGCAAAGAACCUGGUGUAUGUGUCCAAGAUCUGGGCGCAGAAAGACACGCGGUACGUGCCAGCGGACGGAGAGCAGACGGAGCAAAGUGCGCUGGAAUGGGCGCUCGCCAGAGCGUGCGCGGUGCUAAGAAACGAGUCUGCGCCACCAAAGGACCUGCUGGUCACGAAGAAGGCCAUGGUCCAGUACUGCGUGUUCCUGGUGAGCUUUCUGGAUGCCGAGACGGUGGGUCACGUGAUCCAGCAGCCGCUGGACCCGCUGGUGGUGAUUUCGGAGCAGGAGCCGGCCGUCGAAGACACGGACGAAAACACAUUGCCGGCGAUGGCGCUCAAGUGUUUGGAGCUGGUAGGACAGAAAAUCGGCGUGAGCGAGUACAACUUGCUGUAUUCGGCAACGAAAAAGGCCAUCAGCGAGCGGCGCCAGGAAAGAAAGACCAAACGCGCACAGCUGUCUCUCAACAACCCUGCCGCGGCAGCCAAGCGGAAACUCAAGAAGCACGCGCGCACCAGAGAAAAGAGAAAGCAUCUAAAGGACGAAAAUGGACUUUACCGUCCAAAAAGAAAAAAGCUCUAA